AUGAUAACAUGCACAAAAUCAGAAAGAGUCUAUUUUGAUAGUGAUGUUGAUUCGUCCCUUCCAUCACGGUCACAACAAUAUCUGAGGGCUCAUUUUCCAGGACUCUCAAAUUUGUCACAGAUAUCUGGAGAAGAGGCAACAGUGUGCACAAUCAAUUCCUCCCCGUUUAAAGAUUUUGAAGCAUUCAUGACAAAAUGUUCAUUUGUAGGUGGGGUUGUUAACCGUCAAAUCAAAGGAACGGAGUGUUUGGACCAGCCCGAGAUUGCAGUCUGGGCUUGGA